AUGUCAUCGUCUGCUAUCCCGGCCGAGGCCAUUCUGAAAGACUACGUAUACGACCCCACCGCGUGGCAACGCAUUGCACAUCGUAGAAUCACACAGCCAUUGGAGAUUGUGGCUCCCAACCCAUCGUGGCCUUCGGUCUUCGCUAUCUUCAAAGACCGCAUUACUGCUGCUCUGGGACCUCUUGCGUUGGAAGUCAACCAUUGUGGCUCAACCUCCAUACCAGGUCUGCCGGCCAAGGAUGUCAUUGAUAUCGAUUUGGUCGUACCCGACCCCACGGACGAAGACUCCUACGUCGCGGCCUUGGAGAACGCAGGGUUUCAGUUUCUGAUCAGAGAACCGGGUUGGCACGAGCACCGGUUCUUCGCUGGGUUUGAACCGCAAUCGGCGAACUUGCAUGUGUGGGGUCCGAACUGUCCUGAAGUCCAAAGGCAUAGAAUUUUCAGGGAGUGGUUGUUGAAGGACGAAAGUGAUAGAUUGUUGUAUUACAACGUCAAGGAGGAGUCCGCCAAGGAGACGAGAGAUGCCGGCGGGGUGACCAUUGACUAUAACCAGAGGAAGCAGGAUGUGAUUAGAGAGAUUUUGAGAAGGGCUUUCAAAGAUCAAGGGUACCUGUAG